CAGGCGCCGGGUCAUCAGGCACGACAGCGGGCAUCAGGUCACCAGGCAUCAGCAGGCACCGGGUCAUCUGGCGCUGGAUCGUCUGGCUCGACAGCGGGCAUUGGGUCACCAGGCAUGACCGCGGGCACUGGGUCAUCAGGCAUUGGAUCGUCUGGCUCGACAGCGGGCAUCGGGUCACCAGGCAUGACAGCGGGCACUGGGUCAUCAGGCAUUGGAUUGUCUGGCUCGACAGCAGGCAUCGGGUCACCAGGUAUGAGGAGCGGCGGGCGCCGGGCCCCCAGGAGGAGCGGCAGGCACCGGGUCAUCAGGCACGACAGCGGGCAUCAGGUCACCAGGCAUCAGGUCAUUUGGCUCGCCAGUGGGCACCGCGUCAUCUGGCAAGGCAGUGAGCACCGAGUCACCAGGCACGACAGUGGGCUCCGAGUCACCAGGCAUGACCGCGGGCACUGGGUCAGACAUUGGAUCGUCUGGCUCGACAGCGGGCAUCGGGUCACCAGGCAUCAGGUCAUUUGGCUCGACAGCGGGCACCGCGUCAUCUGGCAAGGCAGUGGGCACCAAGUCACCAGG